CUUCUCUCCACAAACGUCAGAGGAACCACUAUUCUUUAUCAAGACCCACUAAGCUGUCACGAUAAGUGUUGUAGGCCGCCCUGAGCUUCAAUUCCACCAUUUACAUACAAAAGCGUCGAUGGCCUGUGACCAUUACCUAUUUGUCUAUUCUUCUAUCUACAUUAUACCUAGUAUCAUUACGAGCUCUCAAUAGAGCUACCACAAUAAUGGCACCCUCAGCAUCAUUACGUUCUGUAUUCUCAUAUGCGAGUAACUUCGUAUCACAAUUCCCACUCGGCUUAUCCAACCUCCCAAACCCGCUUUCGGCUCUCAACCCUCAAAUUCCCAUCGAUAUCGACAACUCUAUAACUCCCUAUGAACCCUUAUCCGGCGCGCAAUCAUGUCCUAUCGAUGGACCUAUUAGCUGCAAUAAUAAUACCGUAGCUGAUUCGUGCUGCUUCAUUCAUCCUGGUGGGCGCUUGUUGCUCACGCAGUUCUGGGAUUCGAAAGCUCACGUCGGCGGGAGUGAGGAGGACUGGACAUUACACGGGCUAUGGCCCGAUCUCUGCGAUGGUUCGUACGACCAAUUCUGCGGCAUGACUCCGCAUUUCGAAAACAUCAGCGACGUACUAGAACACUACGGCCAGGGGGAUUUGCUCGCAGAUAUGAACCGGUACUGGAUCGCGAACUACGGCACCAACAACCACCUCUGGGCGCACGAAUACAACAAACACGCAACAUGCAUCAACACCCUCGCACCAUCCUGCUACGGCGACGACUACACCCCCGGUCUCGAAGUUGUCGAUUACUUCGUGCGCGCGUUCAGCUUAUUCAAGAUGUUGGAUACGUACUGGGCGCUCUCAAACGCGGGUAUUGAGCCGAAUUACAAGAAAACGUAUUCUUUGGAUAAGAUCCAGUCCACGCUUGAGGACUUUAGCGGCGGACGUGUGAUUCUAAAAUGCACGGGUAGACAUCAUAAUGUUCUACAUGAGGCUUGGUAUGUGUACUUUGUGAAAGGAAGUUUGCAGGGUGGCGAUUUUGUCCCGGCGAAGGAUACGUUUAAGGGCGAUCAGGGGAAUUGCGCGAAGGAGGUUAGGUAUUUGCCUAAGCGCUAUAAGUGAUGCGUAGGCAUUAUGGGGCGAUAGAUUGUUUGAAUACGGUUUUGGCAUUGGGUCUGGCGUUUGAAGAAUUGCUUUUGCGUAUGUAUACGUUUGAUGGAUGGGAUCAUCA